AUGACAUACAAUGAUCCAUCAUGGGAGCAACUCAACCAAAGCUACCCAGGAGAAUUCAUCUUGUUAGGCGUGGCUGACCGUCCUCGCUUGGAGAUGCUGCUCUCUGCAAUUAUCCUGAUCUGCUAUGUAAUGACCCUGCUGGGAAACACAACCAUCAUUGUGGUUUCACGGCUGGACCCCCGUCUUCACACCCCCAUGUAUUUCUUCCUCAGCAACCUUUCUUUCCUUGAUCUAGGUUUCACCACCAGUCUUGGUCCCCAUAUGCUGGUGAAUUUCUGGAGGAAAAGAAAGACCAUCACCUAUAUGGCCUGUGUAGUCCAACUCUACGUCUCUCUUGCUCUCGGCUCUGCAGAGUGUAUUCUUUUGGCAGUCAUGGCCUAUGAUCGCUAUGCUGCAGUCUGCCAGCCUCUACAUUAUACUGCCAUUAUGAGCCACUCCAUAUGUAUCACAAUGGCUGCUGUCUCCUGGUUAAGUGGCUUUUGUACAUCACUAUUGCAAACGGCAAUGACUCUUAAGCUUCCAUUCUGUGGGCAGAACAAGGUGGACCAUUUUUUCUGUGAAGUGCCAGCUUUGCUGAAACUGGCCUGUGUGGACACCUCAGUCAAUGAAGCUGUGCUGUUUGUGUCUAGUGUGAUCUUCCUUCUAGUUCCGCUUGGCCUCAUCAUAGUCUCAUAUGGCUACAUUGCAGUUGCUGUGCUGAGGAUCCGCUCGGCUGAGGGCAGGCGCAAGGCAUUCAGCACCUGUACCUCCCACUUGAUUGUGGUGUCGCUUUUCUAUGGCACAAUAAUUUUCAGCUAUCUCCAGCCCCCAUCCAACUAUUCCCGUGACAUAGGCAAGAUGAUCUCCCUGUUCUAUACAUUUGUCACUACCAUGCUUAAUCCGCUGAUCUAUACACUGAGAAACAAAGAGGUACAUAGAGCUCUAAAAAGAACAAUAAACAGAAAUGGAACUAUUUAG